CCUAGGGUGACGAGUGCGGGGAACCCGGCUCCCGGCUGGCUGCUGUUAUGCAGCACACACAAUGACACUCGUGAGACUGCCCUGCCCCACAAACCGAGCCAGCGCCGGGGUCAUAUAACUACGCACCACACUCUUCUCUUCCCUGGCCCUUCCUUCCAUUCCACCGCCUCUGCCACCUCCUCAGCAGCCCUGCAGUGCUGACCAAGACCUGCUGCUGAGGAAAAAUGGCAGUAGGCCAGUCACACAUAAGUAUUCAGAUGUCAGACUCGGAGACAAAUGGCAUCCCCAGCAGAAAGCAGUCCUCUCCAGACUUAGCUGGCAGGGGAGGAAGCGUACUAACUUUCCACAACAUCUGCUACCGUGUGAAGAUCAAGACUGGAUUCCUGUGUUGUCAAAAAACAGCCGAUAAAGAAGUUUUGAGAGAUGUCAAUGGCAUCAUGAGACCAGGACUAAAUGCAAUUUUGGGACCCACUGGUAGUGGUAAAUCUUCUCUACUCGACAUUUUGGCUGCAAGGAAGGAUCCCCAUGGGCUUUCUGGUGACAUUUUGAUCAAUGGAGCUCCUCAGCCUGCCAACUUUAAAUGCACCUCUGGAUAUGUAGUACAGGAUGAUGUGGUGAUGGGAACCCUGACCGUAAGAGAAAAUUUGAAGUUCUCAGCAGCACUUCGUUUGCCAAAGUCAGUGAAGGAACAGGAAAAGAAUGAACGAGUGAAUCAUAUCAUCAGGGAACUGGGUUUGACCAAAGUGGCCGAUUCCAAGGUUGGCACCCAGUUCACUCGUGGGGUGUCUGGAGGAGAGCGGAAAAGGACCAAUAUUGGGAUGGAGCUCAUCACGGAUCCUGCCAUCUUGUUUCUGGAUGAGCCAACUACGGGGCUCGAUGCCAGUACUGCUAAUGCUGUCCUGCUGCUACUGAAAAGGAUGACAAAACAAGGAAAAACAAUCAUCUUUUCCAUCCACCAGCCUCGGUACUCCAUAUUCCGACUGUUUGACAACCUGACACUGCUGGCUGCAGGGAGAGUGCUGUACCACGGGCCUGCUCAGCACGCCAUCGAGCACUUCCAGUCUAUUGGCUACGAGUGUGAGCCAUACAACAACCCUGCCGACUUUUUCCUGGACAUCAUUAAUGGAGACUCCACUGCAGUAGCAAUGAACAAGACUGAUGACAUUAACACAGCAGAAAGCAUUGAAGAACACAAUGAAUAUGAUAAAACCUUGGCUGAGAAGUUAGCAGAAAAAUACUCCAACUCAGCCUACUACCAAGAAACAAAAGCAGUACUAGAGAAUAUUUCUGUGGGAAAUAAAAAGAAAUUGAGAGCAGUUUUCCGACAAAUCACAUAUGCCAACUCCUUCCUUCAUCAGCUGAAGUGGGUAUCCAAGCGCACAUUUAAAAAUCUGGUAGGAAACCCUCAAGCUUCCAUAGCUCAGAUAUGUGUUACGGCUUUCCUGGGACUGAUUGUAGGUGCCAUCUUCUUUGGACUUAAGGAGGACCUUGCUGGAAUACAGAACAGAGUGGGUGCAAUGUUCUUCCUGACCACCAACCAGUGUUUCAGCAGCAUCUCAGCUAUUGAACUCUUUGUUGUAGAAAAAAAGAUAUUUAUGCAUGAAUAUAUCAGUGGGUAUUACAGAACAUCUGCAUAUUUCAUCUCAAAGCUAAUGGCUGAUUUAAUACCUAUGAGGACCUUACCAAGCAUCAUCUUCACUUGUAUAAUUUACUUCAUGUUAGGUCUGAAACCAACAGCACAAGCCUUCUUUACAAUGAUGUUUACCCUUAUGAUGGUGUCCUACACAGCCACUUCUAUGGCAUUAGCCAUUGCAGCAGGACAGAGUGUGGUCGCUGUAGCAAACCUGCUCAUGACUAUCGCAUUUGUUUUUAUGAUUAUUUUCUCUGGGUUGCUGGUCAAUCUCACAAGCAUCAUGUCCUGGCUUUCCUGGCUCAAAUACUUCAGCAUCCCUCAAUAUGGAAUGACAGCAUUAGAAAUCAAUGAAUUGACUGGUCUAAACUUUUGCAAUAGCGAUAACAACACAAAUUCACUCAGCAAAGAGAACUGUCGACAGAUGAGCCAGGUGAUUUGCACUGGAGAUGAUUAUCUGAAAAGUCAAGGCAUUGAUGCGAGUAGCUGGGGCCUGUGGCAGAACCACCUGGCUCUUGCAUGCAUGACAGUAAUAUUCCUUACCAUCGCAUAUCUGAAACUGCACUUCAUGAAGAAGUUCUCUUAAAACCAGAAUGAAAAAAGCAAUUCCCAUUGUUCAGAAGUCUGAUAAACUGACUGCACAGCUGAUUGUUGUUCGAGACCUGCCUUGUACUUGUCAACACUGUAAAUGCCAAAUCAACAAUGUGAAUGCCAUCCUUCUAUAUUAACUACUUAGCAUUAAUUUACUCUACUGUAAUGUCUAGCAUGCCUCAGUUCUCUUUGCCAUAAAACGUACACAACUAUUCAUUUCUCCAAGAGACUAUUCAUUCUUUAUGUUCUAGCUAUGAAUUUGUUAAACAAUGAAAAUAAUAUUUAAUGGCUUAACCUUAAAAAAAUAAUUAAAAAAAUAAAUGGUUCCAUAUUUCAAUUAGACUGCAUUAAAAUGAAUGGAGUCAUUCCAUGCUGAUGUGCACUGAGACAUCAGCAAACAAGCUUACCAUGAUAAAAACUCUGUAUAUGAGUUUCCAUAUAUCAGUAUCAAUAUACCAGUAUACAUCUAAUACGUCUAUAUAUGGAUUUUUUUUUUUAAUAUAUGGAAUUUUUGUCCUAUCUCCCACCUCGUAAUUCUGUGGAAAGGAUUUGAUUUAGGCUUAAACAGCACAUCAUUUUGGACACCCUCACUGGGACAGAUACAUCAUGGAACUGUUGUUUAUUUACUUUUUCUUCAAAGUGUCUUUUCUGUUGCAGUUUGGGAGAAGAGUCACAGUAUCACCUUGUUCUGUGACAUGUGCCCCUACUCAUCUUUCUUUCCACUUUGUAGGAUUUAGCCAAUCUCUGUUUUUACCUGCUUCAUUUAUGUCAUUAUAGUUUGUAAAUAAUAUACAAUAUUUUUUAAUAAAGUGAUUGCAAGUAUUUCUGGAAGGGAAAAAAACUCUGAGACAAAGCAGUAUUUUCUACAAGUCUUUCUUGGAUGAAUAUUUAUAACGUUAUUUUAGCAAUUAAAUCAUCAACGGGAUCAAAUUUUAUUUAGGUACUUGCCAGGAGAAGAAUUUAUCCUCAAGAAAUAUAUCCUACUCUUUUACUCAGAUUUUGCAGAAGCAU